AGCUGCGUUCCAAGUUAGGUUCAAAAUAGAUCGAAAAGAUGAACCGUUUGCGUCGCACCUCGGCUGCCUACGCUUCCGGCGUAGCUCAAAAUUCUAUCUCAAUUGUGAAUCCAUUUGCAAUAUCCACUAAAAGCAGGUUAAUCUGAAGUGCAGCACCAGAUGGUUGUCCGAAUUCCACCAGCAUUCAUAAUGCAUUCCUUUAAAUUCCAGCAUCCACAAUCCACCCCUUUCACCCCACCACCGCUCAUAUUUUAGUCAUUCCAUUCUGCUUGUGCUUUCGAACAACUAGAGAUGGUCAGCACUGCGAUAGUUUCAAGCUGGACUUGCGGUUAUCGCUAGCUUUUAUGGCUAUUGAAAAUGCAUUCACCCGAAAUUGUAACUAAAAAAUUAUUAGUUUUGCGUCAGAUAGCAAUGCCCAUUCACUUCACCGAAAGUGCCUGAAACGAGACGCCGGCAACGAUCAAAGACCAAGGACCCUAGGAUCAUCCUAUCCCCCCUUACAUCCUACUUUUUCUAGCCAAGUCCAAAUAUCAAAAAUGAUUCUUUUUAAGAUUUGAAUUAAUACUUUUGAAAGAUUUAAAGGUGCCCUGUAUAACAAAUUAAUGUAGGAUUUUUAAUUAGACCUUGUUCAGAUUAAUUACACCAAAGAUUUGUCCAAAUAUUUGAUUUUUAGAGUAUUUUUGAAUUAAAUUUUUUUUUUUAAUUUUCUGAUGCGUUUUGUCAAUUGGUUCCUUAAAUUGAUCAGAAAAAUUCCGAUUACACGGCACAAAUAUAAGUAAAAUUGUCAGACUCAAAAACUGCUAGAUCCCAAAGUCCUUGGUCGGAUGCGAUGACGGGCGAGUCCACAGAGUUUUUGGGCACUCGGGUCGUAGGAAUGGUCAUGGCUAGUUCCUGAACUAUGGUUUUUAGUGGUCCAGCGAGCCUCCAUUGGAGGGACUGUAGAAGAUCCCCGAUUGCCGUGCACAAGGAGUUCGAUUACUGAACGAGAGUUUACCGGGAUAGAUUAGACACUGGAUGACCCUUCCACGUAGUCCUUUUCCUCCAGAAAUACAACACAAAUAAAAAAAAAACCAAACAGAAAAUCCUUUGACCAAUUGACUAAAGAACCUAUUUCCAAAACAGAAUCCAAAUGCGACAACUGCGACUCAUGUUUCGGAAAGUCCGACCACAAAGCCCAUGUCCAUCAUGAAGGAUGCGAUGGCCGAGGACUCGUCAGUCGAGGAAAAACAGACCACGGAACCUGACACCACUGAAAAAAGCCCGAUCCCGGAAUCAGCUGAAUCUAUGGAGGGUGCAAUGGGCGAGAAUGUCAAUGGAGCCAUCGGGUCGGGGAAAGGUCGCCAUAGCAAGAUACCCUUCAAGGAGAUCUUCCUGAAGCACAAGAAGUCUUCUGAACGCAUCCGGGAGAAGAAGCUGCGCCAGAACCGCCAGCUGCGCAAGGCCAUGCUGCCGAAGAACGCCCUGAUGGCCCUCAACGAGCUGAAGGGCGUGGCCAUCAGCGAUUUUGCCAUCGAGAGCAAUGCGCUCGGAGGAUUCACGGCCCUGGUCACGGUGAACUCCAAGCAAUACGAGGGCAAGGGUCUCUCCAAGAUGUCCGCCAAGAAUGCGGCCUGCGAGAGGGCCUGGCGCGACUAUAUAAUCGCUAAGAUGAAGGCCGCCAAUAGUCUCAGGCAGAAGACCGGCGGUGGCGGUGGCGGUCAAGUGACUGCCGACGGCGCUUCCGGUAACGAUGCCAUGGACACCAACGAGAGCGAUGCCGAGUCGCAGGACGAGGAGCUGCCCAUGCUGAACCUGGCCUCGUUUGCCAUCUACAAACUGUUUGCGGAGUGGGAGCGUGAGGGAUACCCGGUGCCGGGAAUGCAUCCGUCUGCCGUUCCAGCCGGAAGAGAAACCACAUCGCUGGCUCCGGCGGUGCCCAAGGAGCCCAAGAAGCCACCCAUCCGCACGGAUCUGCCCACUGGCUGGGAAUCCAUGCACCCAUCCACUCUUCUAUGCAUUAUGCGACCCGGAAUCUCCUACGAGGACAUGGGAAGCUCUGGAGACAAGCCCAAUGUGUCCCAGUGCCUGGGCGUAAUAGUCGACAAUCAGAAGUUCACCGGAAACGGAAGAUCGAAGAAGAUAGCUCGUCGCAAUGUGGCCGUUAGUGUGUGCAACACCUUGUUCGAAACCAACUUCACAUACGAGGAGUAAUAAAUCGCUUCCUGCUUUCAAAAAGCGCACCUAGGAAAAUUGUGUAUGAAAGAACGAUUCAAAGUAACACCGAAUACAAGGAAAUAAUAACGUAUCAAUAUUUGACAAUUGUUAUAAAAAAAUGUAUAUUACUUGCAUUUUCAUAGUGCAGAACAAAGAUGUCGACUAUUAUCAAAAUGUAGACUACAAUUCAUAAUAGUAAAUAAUAUGUAAAACAAUAAUAAAA